AACAUUCAGGGAUCGGAAGAAACACUCCUCAGCUCAAUGGCGGUGAAAUGCUCUCUAGAUUGCCGUCUCCAUUCAAGUCUGGCAGCAAGUGUCCAACUAUAACAAACCCAUCGUCAAAAGACGGCCAAGCUCUCACGUCUACCUCCAUCAAUAACAGCCGCAACUCGAAAUCUCAGAAUCACUCUAACGACAAAGUGACACGCUCACAGCUCAACCACCAAAACAAUAACAAUUCAUCAUCGUCAUCAUCAUCAGGCUCAACAUACCUCAACACAAAAAACAACAACCCUGCUUCCUCGCGGGCAACAUCGCCAGGUACUGGUGCUGGUGGGUCAGGGAUCCCCACUCCAGGAGGCAGGUCACUGGUGAGUCCACGUGGACCAGACAAGCAGCCGAGAGCUGUAAGCUCUGGGAGCACAACGUCGACGAGCUCCACUGCUUCCAACAAAAGUACCUCUCACAAGGCUAGCGUUGCCAACAAAAACUCUAUGUUGGACAAAUUUAAAUUUUUCAAUUCCAAAGACAAAAGUAAAAGUAAGGGCGGUGUGCCCAAAAGUACGUCAAAAAGUAGUACAACAAGUACAAGUUCGUGUAGUGAUCGAAGUGACGUCAGAUCGACGACAAGCUCCGCACGGAGCUCAAGUUCUACAGAUCCUGGAGCUAGUAGUAGUACACCUUCUAAUGACUCAGAACCCCAAAGUCCCAAGCUCCCGCCAAAAACUGGUAAAUCCUUGGUGAAAGGAUUUGGGGGUCGCCGAGAGCUUGGUGGGGUAGGUACAGAUGAGGUAGGGGCAAAGUUAAGUAACCAAAGUCCUUCUUCGCCUCCGGUACCUCCCUCACAUAGCUCACAAUCUCAUUCUUCCAGUAGAAAGGUCAGUGGAAAGUCGGAUCGUCGGGAGACAAGAUCGGCCCAGGCUAGUCCGACACAGGGCAAGAAAGGCGCAACCAAGAUAGGCAGCUUAAUACCAAAGUCUUCAUCAGGAAAAUCGCCCUCAUCAAAAUCAUCACCAUCAAAUGGUCCCAUUUCAUCCCAGAUACCUACACCCGCAAGUAGCAUUCCUAAGCCAUCAUCAUCUUUGGGCAAGUCUAGUAAAUCUGCCAAAGAAGAAAAGUCAAAACUACAAAGCAAGAGUCAGCAUUCGUCAUCGUCGUCAUCGUCGUCAUCCACCCCUUCGUCAUUGCCCCAAAAAUCUCAUCAUGCAUCAACUUCCUCUCCAAAAUCUAUGCAAUACCAGCCUCAGGCUCAGCAGCCUUCCAACAGUAUUAACCAUUCAAAAGGCUCGACACAUAUACAAGAGGGGGGCGGAGACCAAUCAAAAGUGAGCUCUCAGGACUUAUCAACAGAUGACAAAAUGCAGCAUAGAACUAGAUACACAGAGAUUGAAUACUCGGAUGGGAGGAUUGAAAGAGUAGGGGAAGGCCAUUUUGCUAAGCCAAACAAUUUAUUAGUGUCCCCGAAAGUAACUGUUGGCCAUUUCCAGGGCAAUGAUAGGUCACAGGAAGUAAGUGUUACUGCACAGACGAAUAUGAUUCCAUCAUCUCAGACAGUGAAUGUGGUGAAGCCAACGUGUUCUGUGGCCACCACUGCCACCACAGUGAUGACAAAGUCUGACGGCAAUACUCAGACAUCUUUAUCUGUUUUAAACAGAGCAACUCCUCCUCCUCUUCCAAAAACCGAACCUCCUCAAAAAAGUCAUGCGAAGGAUAAGGAAUACAAGAUGUCUGGCAGUCAGAGUGGGUCGGGCCACUCUACACCAGUAUCGGUUUCUGGAAGUGAUUCCACCCCCUCAAGUCAGAGUGCACCAAGUGGAACAGGUUCUUCUUCCAAUGAAAGUGUGAUAUGCAAUAAGUCGCUAAAUGUGGAGGAUUUCUCUGGAUCCGAAAAAAGCAAUACUAGCGCAACAAACUCUCCGAGGCUCGGAAUGAAAGUGAUACAUUCUCAGUUACAGCGACCCGCUAAUAAUGUGGCAAUCGUUCAGCCCCGUCAUGGGGAAAAGAUUGAAACGACGUUUGAUACUGAAAUUAGAACAGAAACUGUGAAUAAGGAUAGUGACACAACUAAAAAUAACCUUCGGGAAACAACAUUUUCUGAAAAAUCAGAAAAAGAUACAACAUUUGUGGAUGAUUCUGGAGAAGCUAUGGACAUUAAACCAAUGCAACCGAUUAUGCGAGCAAUGCCUUAUGGGUCGUCUGGAUAUUUACGUGGGUAUGGCUCGCCUGGGUCACCAGCAUCGGGAAAGAUCUUCCAUAACCCGGGUUAUGCUACACCAACCACUGCUUAUUAUGCGCGUUCAAGCAGUCUAGGAAUUAAUCGACCUCUCAUCGGUGAUCCUAAUAAAUAUUAUUCGGGAUCUAUAAAACGGGCUCAGUCAACGGGGCAGAACAGUUCCAUUGACACAGACUACAGCUCAGACUAUGAUACAUAUGACUACGUGUCAGGUUACAUGUCAGAUGGUGACAUUCUCAAGGGCAACAAAAUUGGUGAUGAUAUGACAAGUGGUUAUUUGUCCGAAGGUGGAGCUUCACUGUACGCAAGACGUCUUCAACAACGGUUCCGAGAGGGAAUGCAAGCAGUUAAGGAAUGCAUGCAGAAAAGUACAGGGCUCUUGGAUGAUGAUAGUUUUGAUGACAGCAGUUCCAUCAGCAGUGGGGAUAUCAGUGAUACCAUCAACGACAUAAGUACAGAUGAAGGGAACCUCACGGGAGGCUCAUCACGAGACGGUGAACGCAACCCUUACGGGAGUCUCAAACGCAACCCUAAAGACUUGGGAAGAAAUCUUGCCAAUGGUAAUUUUCAGGGACAAUUCCCCACACAGAAACGUGCACCAAACUUAGGCACCAGUGCUUUUCUAGGAAGUGAUUACUCGAGUGACGCUCCUCCUGUUUCUGGAUGGCGCAAAUACUCUCUACCUCAAACCAAUCGCCUUCUGAGUAGUGACCCUGCUGAUUACGCUCAUCUGUACAACGGUUACGACCACAGCCAGUGGCGGCCCAAUCAGGGUAACGUGGGCCAGUUAAGAAAGUUGUCCAACUCAAGUCAGCCAGAAAUACACCAUUAUAGGGCACACAGUGCUGACGCAGCAGAUAGUCAAAGUGACAAGGGAGGCUACUCUAGUGCAGGCUUCCUUACAAAGAGAGACAGUGAAACUAAUACAGAUCAAUCUCAUCUCUUGGACUCAAGCAUGCGUCGCAUGCAAACACAACGAGCCCACUCUGCAGGUGGUCAGGUGACCUAUGGUUACCGACGUCCUCUUAGCAACACAAGUAACUCCUCUGUAGGUAGCAACAAAAGUACCAGUUCUAACACAGGUAAAACUUCUGCUGUUGGAAGUCGCCUAGCUAAACAUGGCAUGUUGGUGGAUGGUCAGGCAAACGGUAAGUCUGUGGAUGUGAACGGGGGUAGCUCAAUACCUCGUCCCGGAAGUGCGACCGGAAUGAGGGCCACAACCCCAGGGGGAGGUAAUCCCCGGACUGAUAUGGGGCCUGAGGCCUAUAGUAGUGCCACCCUCGAACGCAAGAAGAAGGGGCUCAAUGGAGCUCCAAAAUCGACAAGUGCAGCGCAGACAGAUCCAGGAGAGUUGUACAAAUCCAACACCUUGGGAAGGACAAAGAAAGUUUUUGGCAGCCGGAAUAGUCUGAGCAAAACCCAGACACAAGGUCUGACAAAAUCCUCCACUUUGGACUAUAGUUAUUUCUCGGGCGACUAUGAUUAUUCAUAUUCUUCUGUACAUGGCUCCAACUUGUCUCUGGUCUCCAGUUCCUCGUCCAUAUACUCCUCGAAUGAAGAAAAGCACAACCAUGAGAUCCGAAAACUUCGACGUGAAUUGGAGUCAGCCCAGGAAAAAGUUGUGACGUUAUCGACGCAGUUGAGCACCAAUGCCCAUGUGGUGGCUGCCUUCGAACAGUCGCUGUCCAAUAUGACAAAUCGGCUCCAGCAUCUCACCUGCACAGCCGAACAAAAGGACUCCGAGUUAAAUGAACUUCGUGUUACUAUUGAGGCGUUGAAACGACAAAGUGGCCUUAAUAUCCCAGAUCCGAUCAUCAGUCCCAAUGCUGGUCGCCGACACACAUCGCCGGGUAUGGUCGCGAACUGUAGUCCUCACCAUCAACCCUCGCCACACCACACCCCCGGCCGCGCCUUCCACACGCUGCCCAUGCCCCUUGAAGGUCGCAUGACGAGACAGAUGUCCACUGAUAGUGUUUCAAGUAUAAAUAGUAUGUCUAGUGCCUGUAGUUUGACAAGCCAACAGUCCGCUGCCACAGACGGAGACGUGGGCAAGAAAAAGAAAAAGAAAGGAUGGUUACGGAGUUCAUUCAGUAAAGCAUUUUCACGGAAGAAGAAUCGGAACGGUUCCAUGUCUGAUUGUGAACUGGAUAGCACAAGUUUCCGUUCAAAUAUGUCUGCUCCAAACUCUCCAUUGUUGCAGGUCCACAUGCCUAAUGGCUCUGGACUCAUUAAGGGAUCCCACUCCUCGUCAGCAUUGUACGAGGCAGAAGAUAUGGGAUCAGUAUUAGAAUUAAGAAAACAGUUACGUGAUAAAGACAUGAAACUGACAGAUAUCCGACUGGAGGCGCUGUCGUCUGCUCACCAGUUGGAACAACUGCGCGAAACAAUGACAAAAAUGAAGUCUGAAAUGGGUGCCUUGAAAGCGGAUAAUGAUAGAUUACAACGAAUGAUGUCUGCAAGAAAUUUGAACACAUCCCAGAAUUCCCUAGCCCACACACGAGCAGGAAGUAACAGUGAUACACUUGAAAGGUCGCUGAGCAUGCAAGAACAGCCUAGUUUAGGUAUAUAUACCUUUGUAUUGAUAAUAAUUGUUCAAUUAGCUACAAUUGUAAUUAAUGGAAAAAAUGGGAUUUAGCUAUGAGGGUUUUAUUUUACUAAUUUGUUUACAGAAAUGUUGCUAGCAGAGACUCCGGACCGAGAGGGCAAGAGGGUUACUAUUAUGGUGUAUCUUGGCUCAAAUCCUGACCCGAUGCGAAUGGGAGUGGAGGUAAUUUCUCUCAGUCAAUGCAAACCUGCAGAAGUAUUGAUUGGUUCAUUAUCGGUCAGUGGAAAGACAAAAUGGGAUAUUCUAGACAACAUCGUUAGAAAGAUAUUAAAGGAGUAUGUGUUACGGGUAGAUCCUGUUACAAACUUAGGUUUGAGUGCAGAGAGUGUUUGUAUGUACCAUAUAGGGGAGAUAAUCCGAACCAAAAAUGCUGAUUUACCAGAAUUAUUACCCGUGGGCUACCUGGUCGGAGACACAAUGCAAAUAGGAAUAUGUCUCAAAGGUACAAAACAGAACAGCGUGGACUCCUUAGCAUUUGAGACAUUAAUCCCGAAGUCUAUUGUACAGAGGUAUGUGUCACUGCUCCUGGAACACCGCCGAAUCAUUCUUUGUGGGCCGAGUGGAACCGGAAAGACAUACCUGGCACAGAAACUGGCGGAACACCUGGUACUCAGGUCUGGGAAGGAACUGACUGCUGGUUCAGUCGCAACCUUCAACGUCGACCACAAGUCUGCCAAGGAACUAAGGCAGUACCUCUCUAACAUCGCUGACCAGUGUGAGAAUUCUAGCGUGGGAGAAUUGCCGAGCGUCAUUAUUCUUGAUAACCUCCAUCAUGUUGGUUCUCUUGGGGAGGUCUUCAAUGGCUUUCUCUCCGUCAAGUACCAGAAAUGUCCAUACAUCAUUGGUACAAUGAAUCAGGCGACGUGUUCCACUACCAACCUACAGCUCCACCACAAUUUCCGCUGGGUUCUUUGUGCCAAUCACAUGGAACCGGUCAAAGGUUUCCUGGGCCGUUAUCUCCGAAGGAAGUUGGUCGAGGCAGAAGUACGAACAAGUAUCAGGAACAACGACCUCAACAAAAUCAUCGAUUGGAUCCCGAAAGUCUGGCUCCACCUGAACAAGUUCCUGGAGACGCACAGCUCAUCUGAUGUCACGAUAGGACCAAGACUGUUCCUCUCCUGCCCCAUGGAGAUCCCUGGCUCCAAGAUCUGGUUCACAGACCUUUGGAAUUACUCCAUCAUACCGUACAUGUUGGAGGCAGUGAGGGAGGGGCUACAGGUUUAUGGCCGACGUGCUCCAUGGGAGGACCCCACAGACUGGGUCCUGGAGACUUAUCCAUGGGCCACUGCUAAAGAUGAAGACCCCGCCUUACUGCGGAUCCGUCCGGAGGAUGUCGGUUACGACACACAGGGGGUAAUUUCCGCGGGAAACAGCCCACAGCCACAAAAGGCAAAAACCCUGGAAAUGAAGCCAACAGGAAACGGAGAUCCAUUGCUUAACAUGAUCAUGCGCCUGCAGGAAGCUGCUAAUGGUUCGAGCAGCGCUCAAAGCCAGGAUAGUGACUCGACAAGUCUGGACAGCUUUAGUAGCCACGACAUUUCCACGUCAAGUGUCGAGUCCGCUCUGUGAAUGCCACGUCAUGUGUGACAUUGUUACUGUGUCAUGUGAUUCCUACCGACCAAUCAUAACUCUACCUGACAUCCCUGCAUUGUCCUGUUUAUAACAAUCCGUCGGUAGCCGCCUUUUGUCAUAACUACUUUAACAUGGUGCUAAUCUUAGACAUCUUAUCAACUUAUUACGUGAUAUUCUCUCCAAGGCCAAAAUGGAAGCAUGCAAUGACGUCAUAAGUUGGCAUAUGACAUUUUAUCAUUACAGUGUGUUUUACUUCUUGAAGAAGAGGAUGCUGAAAUCCAGUGAUAGGAGUUUUGUGUAGUUAUGUCUGAAUUAGGCAUUAAAUGUCUAACAGAUAGCCUACAAUAAUGACUUCAAGGUGUUCCAGUAUUCUAUAUUGAGGGAAAUCUUUUAAAUUCUUGUAUGAAUCCAAAACUGUUUGUUGUAAUUAAUUCUUGAAGUUAUUUUACAUUUUUUGUUUUAACUGUUAACUUCACUGAAAUAUUCCUUAGAUAUGCUGACUUCACAAGAAUAUUAGAACACCUUUGAUGUCAUUAAUAAAGUAUAUUUUUUUUCUUUGUUUACGUUUUGAAUUAUUGAUGUUUUUUCUGAUUAGUUUACUGUAUGAUGUUGGUUGCUUUUGUUGCGUGCAAUUUUUAAAUUUUUCUUUUCAUUUGUGUAGUGAUACCUAAAAGUGAUAUGGCAUGAUUGAUUGUCUCCCUUGCAUGGGUGGUGUGCUGUCCUACCAUAAAUGUUGUAAAAUUAUGUUGAUAUCAUAUUAAAGUGGCGAUCCAUUUAAGUAGAUUACCUAGACAGGAAGAAAUAUGUUUAAAUUAAACAAUGUUAUUAAAGAACUGUUGCCACAGUAUAGAAAAAACCAGGGACAGCAAACAGUUCUGUCAUGUUUAAUUAACAAACUUAUCAUAUUGGACAAUAUCGAUAUAUUUUUACUAAUUAUAUAAAGUGAUCUUAGCUAGAAGUUAUCAAAUGUUUUUGAUCAGACUCGGAUAUGAAUCCAUUGUUAUUCUGAUUUUUAUAAGCAAUCGUUAAAUACAAGUUUGACCUUUGUGAGUGGUUCCGAUAAAGAUGUCUCUCUGUGUGACAGGUCCCUCCACAGCAACUCAAUCAGGACGGAGACGCGUGAAUCUCGGACAUAAAGUGGGCCAAGGGACAUAAUUCAGAAUGUUCUAAGGGACAUAACUCAGUGUACAAAUGAAAGAGCUUAUCUCAAAUGAGAGAGAAUAUAACUGAGGGUCAAGACUGUUUGCCUGAAAGAAACAUUUCAUUGCAUUGGUCAAUGCUACGAGGCAUAAGAACAGAAGUAUAUAGCAUGGUUCUAGUCCAAAAAAUAACCAGUUCAUGAAUUAAUCGGAAACAGUUUACCAGGAAAAUUUAUAUCAAAGUUCAAAUGUCAUGGAGUGAAAGUAUUGUCAUAUCCUACAUGUCCAUUUCAUAACCAGAAUAACUGCUUUUACAUAAAUAAGUGUUACUUAGGAAUUGCCUACAAUCAGGUUAACCUUUGACCCAAUGUAUUGGGUGUAAAGGUUAGGUUAAUAUAUGUUUAGUUCAUGAAUAUGUAUGAGCUGUUCAAUGAACUCUUCAUGACCUUGACCCUGAUACCUUGGUGUGUUUGUUUAAGAGCUUUAGAGCCCCUUUAGUGGAGGUUUACAUCAUCUUCGUAUUUCGAAGCAGAAGGUGAAAGACAUUCAUAGGCUGAAGGUGAGAAAAUAGUUAGGCUGUAGAUAUAAAUAGACUAAACAUUAUCAAACAUCCAUGUUGCAAAAGAAGUUACGAUAUCGUGUACGAAUGUUGUCAUCUUUUCCCACCAUAUUCUCAAUAUUGAAUUCGAUAUUGUCUACCCGAUUUGUGCACAGCAUUUGUAUGAUCACACGGCCUUCGCAAUUAUUGUCCGCUAUCAACAUUGUAUAGCCGAGUAUCUGUUGAUUGGUCAGUCAUAUCAAUAUCAAAUUUAUACAAACAAUUGAAAUGAAAUAAUACUUCGCAAAAUAUCGAUAAGCAAACUUGAAAUAUUUUGUCAAAGAUUUUACGUUUAAAAUGAAUGAAGAAAUAUGUGGGAAGUAUUUUAAGAAUAAAAGGAAUUUAGAAUGUAUUACAGAAACUGAUUAAUCAACAGAUAUGGAUCUUCCCUUUUAUUCGAUCGCUUACGGUAACAGCAAUUUAAUGCCAAUGUCAGGUUGAAGGUUUGAUGUUUGUAUAUGCUUAAUCAGGGCCUGUCAAGCUGAGUGUUAAACAAGUCUUGAUUGGGUUCUCAUUUGUGCAAUAUGCUUUAUCAGGGUCAGAAUGUUAUGGCCCUAAACGUGCAAUAUGCUUCUUUUUUUUUUAAAUGUUUUUUCUAUUUGUGAUACAGCACCUGUUUCAUCAACAGCUGAUUUCGAAUUCCUUUUUUGGAAUUUUCCUACAAGGGGGGCUUAACAGCCACUGCAACUGUUCUGGUCAUAACUUUGGACCAAUAAAUUUCAUUUUUUUUUCUUUUUAAUCAUAAUUCUUGAUAGACUUAUAAAAGCAGUUUGAACUUCACUAUCAUAGACCAAUACAUGUCACCCUUUGUGGACUAGUAGUGUGAAUUGAUGCAGAUCUAGAUGGUCCAGAUUUUAUCUUUAGUGGUGAUGUGGCAUGCAUAUGGAGCGGUUUUAAUGGCUGUAUUCUCAAGCUUAUUUACUGUGUUAUAUACUGUGUGGUAUUGGGAACGCUCUAGUAAAUCAAACAGUGUUAUUUUUUCUUAUAUCUUUUAAGUUUGGUUUUUGUUUUAACUUGUACCUUCACAGAUCAAAGAAAAUUCAAACCACAAUGAUCUUAAUACUGCUGACAGAUUUCAGGAAAUUUCAAAUAUAAUCAAACCAGAAAUUUUUAAAAUAAAUUAAGUAUAUGUUUUUGUUGAAACAUUUUAUUAAAAGAUUUUUGCAUUUUUCCAUUUAAUGAUCAUGCUAGUUCAUUGAUUUAAAAAAGGAAAAGGAUCAGUUUCCAUGGCAACCAUUUAUUUGUUACAUGUGGGCGUGGAAAUUGGAAUAAAAUGUUGUUUGCUGGAUGUCAAGGGAAAGGCAAUAAGCAAUACAUUUUAAUCCAAUUAAAAUUAAGAGAUUAAAAGCAACCAAUCAGAUUGAUUGAAAUUGACAUAUUCUGUGGAUAGAAUUUAAAUGUGGAUAAAAAUUCAAGGUUAUUAAAUGAUAUCUGUAAUGUUUUAAAAAAAAUGUAUCUUUUUGAAAUUGUUAACAUGCUUAUCGAUGGAAUUAGCAGAUACAUUUCAGUUGAUGGUGAUGGAAAUGUUUUAUCCAAUGGAAAAAUAGGAGAGAGACAAUGGAUAUUUUAUCCAAUGGAAAUGUUUGUUAUAUACUAGUGUGAUUUAUGAAUCUAGUCACUGAAGUUUCUUAUACUUAUUAGGAUUGGCUGACGUGUGACUGAAAAUAUUUAAGUGUAUGAGAGUGAUUGUGAUGUUUUACGGCGUGUUUUGUCUGGCAUACUUUUGUGUGUUUUCUUAAACACACAAUAAAAGCACAAUUUAUUGAAAUUGUUAUGUAUUUAAAUCACUUUACCGUGUAUAAACUUUUAAGAUGUACAUUAUUUGUAAAAAAAAAAAUAAAAAUUAGAGUGUUGAAGAUUCAAAGUCUAUCCAUUGUGACAGCCCCCUAUUGUUACGCAGUGUUACCCAUGUUGAAGGAUAUCAAUUCUCUGGUACCAGAUAGUGCUAGCUUGACUAUUUAUAAAGCACUUGCCAGUUGCUAUGGACAGCAACUAUUUAAUGAGAAAAAUAGGAAGGUCAUUUUCAUUAAAAUAUUGGCACUUAUUGCCAGACAUUCAACCAGGAGGAGUUUUGUGUUUCAAUUUUUUUUAUAUAACAUUACAUGAUUAUUAUCAAUGACAUACCAUUAAAAGAAAUAUUUAUUUUCAUCCAAUUCUACUGCUGAAUAUUGUAUUUGAUUAUCUUAAAAUUUGAUUCAAAAUGUUCAAUUUGUAUUGCACAAGACUCAGUUCAAUUUUUAGAGUUCUCAUGCUCAGUAUCAUUUCAUAUCCCCUGGAUGUGAAUCUACAUUUUCAUUUUGAUGUGAAAAUCUUGACAUCAUCUUUGCAUUAUAACUUUUGAGUUGUAUUUAUGUCUGUGAUGAAGAGUUUGUUCAUUUCAACUUAAUUGUUAUGUGUAUGUUUCAAGACAAUAUCAUUUUAUCAAGAUUAAUGCAAAUCAGAAGAAUUUUAAUUUGUAUCAAAUCUUUCUUUAUUAAGCAGUAUUAUAACUAGAUAUGAUUAGUAUCUUCCUUGAAAUAUUAUAUUUGGAUACGUUCAUUAUUCAAGACAAAGUCUGGUUUACAAGAAAGUAACAAAAAAUUAAAUAUAAGAUAUUGAAGAAGUUGUCCAAGAGAGACAACUUAUAAAGAAAGAAAUCUGAGGUGCUACAGAGUGUUCAAGUAUCAAGUCUAGCAAAGAAGUAUACAGAAAAAAUGACAGUUUCACACAGUUAUCUUUGUAGUAAAGGAGUGAAAGUGUUGGAGCUCAAAUGUGAAAUAUCCCUUUGUACAUAAGAAUAUCCCCAUUUUUUUAUUAUUAUUAUUAUUAUAUAAUUAACAUUAAUUAAUUCUUUAGAGAGUUGCUGAGAAGAUAUUGUAUGUGUUAAGUAAAGCAACUGAUUUAUAACAGAAUAAACUGAUAUUUAACACUGAAAUCAACAUGGUAAAUCUAUUUCAAUUUCUGUCUCGUCUUUUUUUAAAAAGAAACGAUAGAAAAAAUAUUUACCAGUUUGGUAUUGAUCAGAGAUAUUUGUUUUUACCCAAGGAACUGUAGAAAUAUUAUUUAUGUCAGUCAAGAAAUGGAAAUCUUUACUCUGUAAUAAUUGGACAGUGAAAUAUUAGACUCAAAUGGGUUUUCCAUGGUAGAAAUUGCGGAAUGCAAUAGAUGUAAGAAAUUUUCUACCAUGCUGUGUCAUGUUUAUUACUGGUAAGUAUCAGUUGAAAGUGGGGUCAGUUUUUCUUUUGUAAUAAAAUAGAAAAUUAUGGAUGAUUUUCCAUAGUUCAAUAAAAAAUAUUUAUUUUAAAAAAAUUA